GGGGGGGACAAGCACCAAAGCAAGGGCUCCCCCGGCUUCCCCAUAUCCUGGCAGGUCCCAGCCCGGAUCCAUUUCAUGAUGUGGCUCGAAGCGUGAUGCACUUUGACAGCUCAGGCAGGAUCUGAUGUACUCAAAAGCUGCUCUGCUGGUUUGAUUUAAUUUAAUUUGAUUUGAUUUGAUUAGGUUCUAUCAGUUCUCCUCAACCUGCCUCCAGUAAAAGCCUGGCCGGAGGGCGCCGGGCAGGCAGGAGGCGGUGCUGGCAGCCUGCCCAUCCCUAAAAACUCCUGGAGCGGGGCUCUGGCACCGCCCUGCCCGCUGGGAUCCGCCGGGCCGAGCAUCCCCUGCCCUCCCCGCGUCCCUGCGAUUCGGAUCCCGCCGCUUUUCCCCGGUCACAUCCGUCCCCCGCCCGUCUGCCUUGGCCAGGGCAGAGGGCUUUUUUCGCGCAGAAAAGCUGGAUUUGAACAUUUUCUGCUGUUCUCUCGGUUUCCUGUUGCCUUCCCAAGAACAACAUCCCUGACCUCAUCCUCCCCCGGUAUGCGCCGGGAUGCUGCCGGUGCGAGAGCCGCCCGUCGGGAAUCCCACCCGGCCUUCCCUGGGUACCAAGACAAACACAGCUGCGGGAAUGACGGAGAAAAAGCUAUUUUGGCUCACUCCUUAGGCCGGUGUGGAGGGAGCCGCCGUUGUGCCCCGGGACACUGAAGUGUCACCUGUGCCCCAUCCCGACCGAGAGGAGAGAGCAGGGAAAAAUCACCGGCUGCAGAUCCCAGCACCCCAGAUCCCAGGGAUCCCAGGGAUCGCACGGCUCGGCUGCCGUUCACACGGACAAUGGCGCUUCCCAACCUGUCCGACUACUUGGACGGCCUCAAUAACUACAGCGACUACCCGGACUACACCUACGAGGACGCCGGCAGCGUGUGGGCAGACCCGGCCCACGACCCCAAGGACAUCACCAGGAUCCUGUCCGUCAUCAUCUACAGCGUGUCCUGCGUGCUGGGCAUCCUGGGCAACGGCCUCGUCAUCGCCAUCAUCACCCUGAAGAUGAAGAAGUCGGUCAACGCCGUCUGGUUCCUCAACCUGGCCGUGGCCGACUUCCUCUUCAACAUCUUCCUGCCCAUCAACAUCGCCUACACGGCCAUGAGCUACCACUGGAUCUUCGGCACGGUCAUGUGCAAGCUGAACUCCUUCCUCCUCAUCCUCAACAUGUACACCAGCGUCCUGCUGCUCACCACCAUCAGCUUCGACCGCUACGUGUCCGUGGUGUUCCCGGUGUGGUCCCAGAACCACCGCUCCACCAACCUGGCCUACGGGGUUUGUGUGAUCAUCUGGACCGUGGGCAUCGUCAUGAGCUGCCCCUCGCUCGUCUUCCGGGACACGGCGCAGACCCGCAACUCCGUGAUUUGUUUCAGCAACUUCUCCCUGUCCAGGAAUAAAUCCUACGAAGGGCUGGCGCUGAUGAGGCACCGCACGGUGAACAUCACCAGGUUCCUGGCUGGGUACAUCCUCCCCAUCACCAUCAUCACCUUCUGCUACGUCGCCAUCGUCUUCAACCUGCGCCGGAACCGCCUGGCCAAGUCCAAGAAGCCCUUCAAGAUCAUCGUCACCAUCAUUGUCACCUUCUUCCUCUGUUGGAGUCCCUACCACCUGCUGAACCUGCUGGAGACGGUGCCCGACGCAGUCCCCUGGUCCGUGUUUGAGAUCUUCAUCCCGCUCACCACGGCUCUGGCGGCCUCCAACAGCUGCAUGAACCCCGUCCUCUACGUCUUCAUGGGCCAGGACUUCAAGAAGUUCAAGGUGACCCUCCUUUCCAGGCUGGUGAACGCCCUCAGCGAGGAGACAGGACACUCCAGCAUCGUGCACAGGAGCUUCUCCAAGAUCUCCUCCAUGACUGAGAAAGAGACAACAGUUGUCUAAGCCCAGCCUGCAGGAGGGACAGAGUCCCCUGGUGUUGGCAGUGUGAGGGUGACCACCCCUGUGGUGGCCCUGGUGUGGGUCAAGCAUUGUCCAGCACUGUUCUACAGCCCGUUUUUGACUGGUGUUGCUGCCUGAGGGCUGGCAGGGGGUGGAGACCCCCAAGGUGUGGAGAAGACACAACCACCCUUGAUCUUGAGUGGGACUGCAAAAAUCCUUGUGCCAAACUAAGGAAACGUUUUGGGGCAUUCCCAUCCAACCCUCCCCUGACCUGGGAAGGGCUUUCCUGGUGUUUUCCAGAGGCACCGUGGUGGGUCGCGGGAUAUCAGGAAGGCAUCUCCCGUGCCAUGGGGGAUCCCUGCCACGGCCAAAUUGGUGACACUCCUCUGUCCCAUGGCUGUGUGUGGCUCCUCAUGGUAAACUCCUGAGGGAUUUUGGUACCCGAACAAAGUGUUUGUGACUGUUUUUGGAAGUGUCCUUAUGAGGGGCUGGAAUAUCCAUCCUCAAAAAACCGGGAAGUCUCAAAUAUCUUCUAAGAUCCAGACCCAGGGCCACCUUCCAUUGUGGGGAUUGGGCUCACACACAGGGGCACCAGCAUGGAAAACUGGGAGAAAAAAGAGGGAAGGGUCGAUUUGGGAUGUCUUUUUACGCCUCCUCUUGAUGGGCACGUUCCACACGGUACAUCCUGCAGAGCAGUUGGAUGUUUGGGACCAGGAACAGGUCCAUGAGCUGGGAAUGAGCUCCUGGGGAGGACCUGCUGUCCCCUCCUGUAUCCAGGGGAGAGUGGUUCAUGGCCAGCUGCUCCCUGGUGGGACCAGUCGGUUCUAGGGGAGGAUUAUUUCUUUCCCAUCUUGGGAGACUCCGGGAAUCUCGUGGGAGACUCCGCCGCCCCACGCCAACCUCUGCAGUGAGGGAUGGGCUGAGCCACCACCUCGAUCCAAUUUCACGCCCAGUUAAUUUGAGAGCUCCUUCUCCAUUAGGGCUCCUUCACCACGAUCCCGGUGUCACCCUCAUUUAUGUCAUCCCCAGGACAGCGAGGAAUCCCUGGAGCUGGAAUUAGGCAGCUCCUAGUGGCCUUGGGGACAUUUCAGGACACUUCAGGAGGUCCCUCGGGGAGCUUUGUGCAGAGUUUUGACACGUUGGCAGUUGGGAGUCUGCUCCCAGGUGCCUCCAAAAGCUGAAAUAUUUAUUUAUAGCUUUCCUUGGAUAUCAGAAAGUGGAAAAUAAAAUGGAGAGGCAGCUCCCAGGAAAGGCCAGCACAUUGUGCCAGCCACAGGUAGGAGUAAAGCUCCGGUAAUCAAGCCGCGGGAACGCCGCGGAUCAGAGCGGAUGCUGCAGCGGGAGCUGGAUUUCAGGAUUUCAGGAUUUCGGGUGGAUUAUCCGGCGUCCUCUCCGCCCCGGCGCUGCCUCGCUGCUCCACCUUGAUCUGCAUCGCCUCCUUCGUGUGAUGGGACACUCAGCACCCGGAUUGUCUCCGUAUCUCCUGCGGUUGGGAUGCAUCCGCUUCCCCAGGGAGCACUGCCACAUCCCUGCACCACGCCACGUCCCAUGGCCAGGCCCAGGGCUGCUCCCAGCCCCGAUCCACAGAGAUCCACCCUGGAUCCGUACCCAUGGAAAAUGCAGUGCCUGAGGAGGCAGCAGGGCCUCUCUGGUGGUGGGAGGCGGCUCCUCUUGCUCAUUUUCCCCAGUAUUUAAUUAAUGCUGCUGGAAGGUUGCCAGGAUCCUAUUAGGAGUGGGAUAGGACAGAUGGGAUGGACGGGACAGAUGGACAGACAGGGCGGUGACAGGGACACACAGAACUUGCAGAGGAUCUGUUUAGGGAACAGUGGGAGUGGGAUGUACCCGGAGCCAGCAGCCUCUGGGGCUUUUUGGGCUCAGGGUUUGGAGAAGGCCUGGAUGUGGGAACAGCGGGAUGAAGCCUCGAGGACUGGAUGCCAUCCCACUGCCCCUCAGGUUGGCGCUGGGAUGUUUGUGAUGGAUCCAGGAUGCUCCUCACUAAUCCUGGUGUCUGUUUUUUCCAAGCCCAUCUGUUAUUACUCCAAACAGCUUUCCAGAAAAAGGAAAAGCAGUGCCUUGGUACUUACCCUGGGGUUAAAUCAUCCCUGUAAUGGCAGCUUGGGAAUCCCAAGUCUCCCAAAUAUUUGAAUCUGUCUUUGUAGCUGUUUGCUUAUUUAAUAAAAG